CGCACUAUGUGUAGCCCUAGAAACUCUUUAGUGAAUCUGCCUGGAAGCCAUUUACACAGUUCUCAUAUAGGAACAAGUUUGAACAUGGAAGUAAAGGCAACAUGAGGGGACGUGUUUUGAAGGGCUGAAAAAAAAAGAAGAAAAAUUAACACCCAGGAAGUAGGAAGUGUGAUCUGCGAUAUCUUCACUUUGUGUAUGUGUAUGUGAUGAUGUGUGUGUGUAUGAGAGUGUGUAUCAGUGUGUGUGUGUGUGUGUGUGUGCGUGUAUGUGUGUGUAUGUGCUCCAGUGGGGUGUAUGUGUGAAAUGAACCACUGACCUGUGCUAUGAUUUAAGGACAAUGUCUCUGAAACUACCUCGCAACUGGGACUUCAGCACCUUCAAGGCUGAGACAGCUCGGAUAGCACGAUCCAAGAGUGUGAUACCUGGAGAAGGAGGCCCUGGUCCGGGCUCACCGCGCUCAGCCAGGUCCAUGGAGAGGCCGCUGAAGGCUGGCUGGCUCAAGAAACAACAGAGGUCUUUACGCAAGAACUGGCAACAGCGUUACUUUGUGCUGAGAGGAAGCACACUGACCUACCACAAAGAUGACAAGGAGACCACUGUCCAGGGAGUCAUCCAGCUACGGUUCAGUAAGGUUAACGAACUCCCACCGAACUCAGAUGACCCUGGGAAGUACCUCUUCGAGAUCAUACCAUGUCCAACUGGAGACAGAGAGCGAUGUCCAUAUGUGUUCAUGGCAAACUCCCAGAGUGACAUGGAGGAGUGGGUCCGCACUCUGCGCAGAGUCAUUGGAGUACCGACAAGUGGAGUGUUUGGAAAGAGUCUCAUGGACACCAUAACGUAUGAGCAACGUUUUGGACCUCACAUGGUACCGAUCUUGGUGCAGACGUGUGUGGAGUACAUUAAAGAAAACGGGCUGAAUGAGGAAGGCAUCUUCCGCCUGCCUGGGCAGGACAACGCUGUCAAACAGUUCAGAGACGCCUUUGAUGCAGGAGAGAGGCCCUCCUUCCCCAGUGACACGGAUGUCCACACAGUGGCGUCACUGCUCAAGCUGUACCUGCGGGAGCUGCCAGAGCCCGUGGUGCCCUGGACUCAGUACCAAGACUUCCUUGACUGCACCAACUUGCUGGAUUGCAGCAGCAUGAAGGGUUGGGAAAAGUUGGAGAAACAAAUUGCUCUUCUCCCCAGAAUUAACUAUAACCUCCUCAGUUAUGUGUGCCGGUUUUUGUUUGAGGUGCAGCAGCACUCCAGUGUGAAUAAGAUGAAUGUGGAGAACUUGGCUACGGUGAUGGGGAUCAACCUGCUCAAACCUCAGAUAGAAGACCCCAUCACUGUGAUGAAAGCGACUCCUCAGAUCCAGAAGCUGAUGACAGUGAUGAUCAGACAGCAUGAGACUCUGUUCCCUCUCUCCAAAGACGUGCUUCCCUCCCCUCCCUCAAACAAGACCGAGAGCCAGAAGAACACUCCCCGAAGCUUUGUGGGUUGGGAGUCUGCAGAGAUGGCUGAUGCGUCUCUGUCUGAGUCUCCAGAAGAAGAAGAGGACACUGACAGUCCAGGCCCAGACAGAGGAAACGGCAGCCCCCGAACUGUCCGUCCAGAGCCUCUAUCCCCUUGCACAGACGACUGGCUCGGAAGUCCCCGGAAACGCACCCAGACAUUGCCCACCUUCAACUGCCCCCUCACUGGGAUGGCAGCUAAGGCCGACGCUCUCAACAGGUGGAGUCGCAUCCAAGAGAGUGUGGAAGAGAAGAGCGGGACAUUGUCAGAGGACAUUUUUAAGAUCCUGGACCUGCGGAGUUCAGGGUCGUUGUUCGGGGGCUCUCAGAUGAGUAUCAAGGAGGGAGAGGAUAGGCUCACGUCCCGAAGCAGAAGUGACAACACAAGUUCUUCAACUACUGGCUCCCAAAAACCUGACAGUGAGUCCCGGCCUGCCCGGGUGCUGGCUCAUCAAAAGAGUGCAGAGACCCUGACAGUGGGUGGUUCAGGUCAGCAGGUCAACAGCAAGUCUGAGCUGAUGAAAGACAGCCAGCAGCUUGUAGACAGUCUGCAGCAAGAGAACAAGGAGCUGAAGGCCACAGUGGCAGAGCUCCAUUCUGCUCUGGAGGCAGAGCGUCGCCGUGUGGCUGCUCUGGAAAUCUGCCUGAGAAAUGCCGAGCGCAGUCGAGAUGAGGCCCAGAGACGCAAUGAGGAGCUGCAAAGAGACAUUCAGCAGUUCCUCACCACAAAGCCACAAGCUCCAACCUAACAGUCAUUUUCAGACUCACAUGUAUGUGGAUUUAUGACUCCGUUAACCCUCAACAGAACUAAUUUCACAGGAGCUGAUUAUGGAAAAUACAAUGUUCCUCCAGUGGGAUGGCACUGGAUUGUUUCCAUUUUAGCUCUGUUUCCUCAUGAGGAUAAAUUAUUGACCCACUUGUUUGUGUCUGUGCGGAAAGUCUGUUAAGAAGAGAUCUGAAUAGGUUUUUGAUAUCACUGUUCUCAAUAAAGACCUAAAACGCAAAGGUUUGUUCUCCCUACUGGAGAGGUGAUGUCACUGUAUAUGAAAUUCCUCGUUCAGCUGCACCAGAUCGUGACAUGCAGAAAAGGAAGCGCUGUACUUGGAAAAUGGUUUCUUUAGAAAAUUUUCAUGUCAUUUGGCAAUUUUAAAAUGGAAGAAAUUAGUUUCCAUGGAAAUGAAAGGCCAGACAACAUCAGCUUAGACUGCAGUUUUUGAACAGAGGACAGCUGAACUGUAUAAUAUUAAUGGUGGACAAAACAAAUACCAUGUAUCAUAUGGCGUAAAUAAUCAGUUCAUCAUUUGAUGUGUCAUUUAAUUGGUAAAUUAAUAAAAAUGCACAAAUUUAAGCGUUUUUGUUGAUGCAUAACAUAAUCUUACACCACAUGCAUUAUUUUCUAUACCAACAAAUCAAUGUACCUUUAGAAAUUUCACAUAAUUGCAAUCACAAAAGA